AUGAGUAAAAAACAAAACCACAAGGAAAACCUGAUGUUGUCCAAUCGUACAAACCACAUUUGUGUUUCAGGGAAAAGAACAGGUUGUCAGAAGCCAUUGGUCUUCAGAAAUCUCUCAUUGAUGGCUGAAAUGGAAAACACAAAAUCUCUGAAAGCCAGGAAUCCACUCCACUGUACUGUCAGCUCACCAGAAAGCUCUGUGGUCAGACCAUGUUGUUCUCCUUGCCAAAGAAAAAUUUCAACAUCCUACAGUUGUCAGGUUAUGAACAUAACAUUAUGGGGCAAUAUUUUAAAAUCUCAUUUGAAAAAUGUUUUUGUGUUUUACAAAAGUGAAGUUGAACACAGUAAUUUAGGCUCCGGAGUUACAGGAAACACUACCUUCCUUCAGAACAUCAGUUAG